UGACAACCUCCUGGAAGCGUUUGUGUGUAGUAUGUGGCUGUCAGCCUGUCUACGCUGCUCGUGCUGUCACCGUACUGUCCUGAGGGGAUUCAGGGUCAGUGCUUGAUAUUAAAAUGCUGAGAAUGAAACUGGAACUGGUGCUACUGGCCGUCAUCUAUUGGCAGAGAGGUCACACAGAUAUUGCUGAGCCAAAGCAAAGUCUUGGUCAUGUGACUGUGGUCAUCGUGGGUGCAACGGGUGACUUGGCCAGGAAGUACCUGUGGCAAGGCUUCUUCCAGCUCUACGCAGACCAGGUGGGCAAAGGACACACCUUUUCAUUUUACGGCGGGGGCCUUUCACCCGACGAGAAGGCCACUCCUCUGCUGUUUGGGAUCUUGAAGGAGCUGCCUUGCCCUCCAGAGCUCUCCGCAGAGCGCUGCACGUUGGUCAAAGACCAGUUUCUGCAUCUCGCUCAGUAUCGGCAACUGAACACCUCAGAGGACUAUGAGAAGCUAAGCCAGCACAUCAGACAGCAGAUGGAGCAGGAGGGGAUGGUGGAGGCAGGUAGGCUCUUCUACUUGUCCGUCCCAGCUUUCACAUAUGCAGACAUUGCAGAAAAGAUCAAUAACACCUGUCGCCCUGCACCGGAUGCGUGGCUGAGGGUUGUGCUGGAGAAGCCUUUUGGGCAUGACAUUGGUAGCGCCCAAUUUCUUGCCAAACAACUUUCUGUAAAGCUAAAAGAAGAGGAGAUGUACAGGAUCGAUCACUAUUUAGGAAAGCAGGUUGUCUCUAAAGUGUUGUCAUUUAGGAAAGAGAACAAAAAACUUCUUGACCCUAUCUGGAACAACCAUCAUAUUGAGAGAAUAGAAAUUGUAUUAAAGGAAACACUGGAUGCAAAAGGUCGCAUUCAGUUUUACGAUCAAUAUGGUGUCAUCAGGGACGUGCUCCAGAACCACCUCACAGAAGUCAUGACCCUGAUGUUAAUGAACCUUCCCGCAAACCUGUCCAACAGUGCAGAGAUUCUUCAAAACAAACUUCAGUUCUUGGCUUCCCUUCAAAACAUAGAUAAAAGCAAUGCAGUCAUAGGCCAGUAUCAAGCGUACAAUGGAGAAGUUCAAGAGGAGCUCAAUAAAACGAAGGAUUACUACAGUGUGACCCCUACAUUCGCCGGUGUGGUCAUUCAUGUCAGCAAUGCAAGGUAUGAUGGCAUCCCCAUCUUCAUGAUGUCUGGCAAGGCGCUUGACGAACGGGUUGCAUAUGCUCGUGUCAUUUUUAAGAGUGACACAUUUUGCGUCCAGGAUCCCACGGAUAUCCAAUGCAAAGCCAAGCAGAUCUUAUUUUAUCUAGGUCACGGAAAUCUUCAGUACCCUGCAAUUCUUGUGAGCAAGAACCUGUUCAAACCAAACCUAGCGAGCCAUGACUGGAAAGAGGUCACAGAAAACAAAGAUGUUAAUGUGCUGGGGUUACCACUCAGUGAUUAUUACAUUCAGACACCGGUAGCGCUCAGAGAAGCUUAUUGCGAGCUGAUCUCACAGGUCCUAAUUGGACGCAAGGACAGCUUUAUUAGUACAGAGGGACUCGUUGCUUCCUGGGAUUUCUGGACUCCCCUCCUCCACAGCCUGGCUCAUGUCUUUCCACGUCUGUACCCCGGUGGUGUGGCCAACAGCAACCUGCUGAACUUUCAAUUGCGCGGACGCCAGGUGUCCUUCAGCCACGAGGCCGUGGUCCACAUCAUCAAGCCGGGCGCGGAAGAGAACUUCCAGGUGAUGCAAGGCAAGUACAGAAGUUCUGAAAUGGUGUCCGCCUGGGCGCAGGAACUGGUGGAGCGGCUGGCAUCUGAUCUUUUGAUGGCUGCUGAAGAGGCCAUUCGACAGGAAGGACAGUUUCAUCUAGCGUUGUCUGGCGGCUCCAGCCCGGUGGCUUUACUCCGUACACUCGCCCUGGACCUCUACACCUUUCCAUGGAGCGACACUCACAUAUGGCAAGUGGACGAGCGUUGCAUCCCACACACAGACUCCGGCUCUAACUUCCGUUCCAUUCACGAUCUUCUGGUUCACCAUAUCCGCAUACCCUACUUUAAUCUCCAUCCCAUGCCGGUGCAGCUAAACCAACGGUCCUGCGUGGAGGAAGAUGGUGGUCCAAAACUAUACCAGCAGGAAAUCAAGCAAUUCAUCAACACCUCCAGCUUCCACUACAUUCUGCUUGGCGUGGGCCAUGACGGCCAUACUGCAUCGCUGUUCCAAGACACCAAAUUGGACAGCGAUGAUGAACAAUUGGUUACUCUUACGGAAAGUCCGAUUAAGCCUCACCAGAGGAUGAGCCUUACUUUCACAGCUAUCAAUAAGGCUCGGAGGGUAGGUGUUUUGGUUAUGGGAAAAGGUAAACAUGAACUUGUCAGUCAGCUCAGCCGUAUUAAAGGCGAAUCGCCUAAGUAUCCCAUAACCAAAGUACAGCCAAAGAAUGGCACUCUUACAUGGUACAUAGACUAUGAUGCACUGUUAGGGUAGAUACAAAUCAGUAUCAAUAAAGCCACCUAUCAAGGCCUCUUGUUAAAAUGAAAUGCUGUAUUGAGGAUCAUACGAAUUGCAGUGGAUUUGUUAUUUUAGUGCUGUGACUGCAAACCUUUAAUUUUACUGAAUGAUUGCAUUAUGAAUGAUUGUGCUUUUCAAAUCUGAAUCUCAGGAACAUCUGUAGCCUCGAGUAAAAAAAGUGUUUUAGAUUAAAAUUUUAUAUUUUUAUAUAAUGUUGCUAUUCACAAAAGCAUAAAUAAUUAAACAAACAGUACUGAUACAAUAAUGCAUUCCAAAUUAAGCACUUGUUUACAAAAAACAUUUUGACCAAAAAGUGAUCAGACACAUUCAUGUAGAGAAAUCCUAUUACCUAUGAUGUCAUACUGUGAAUUUCAGUGUACAUUUUUCUACUGGACUGCUUUGAGUUUCGCUUGUUAUCUUGAUAAAGUCAUUCCAAAACUA